AUGGGGGCAGCCAUCUCCCAGGGGGCCCUCACUGCCAUCAUCUGCAACGGCCUCCUAGGCUUCUUGCUGCUGCUGCUCUGGGUCAUUCUCUGCUGGGCCUGCCACUCCUGCUCUGCCAACAUCGACUCCCUCUCCAAAUCCAGUCCCAACUCCAGCCCUGGCCCCUGUCCCGAGAAGGCGCCCCUGGCCCAGAAGCUCAGCCGUGAAGGCAGCUACCUGCUGCAGCCCUAA